UCCACUUUUGUAUCUUCUGGUCCACGGCUGUUCCGGGCGGUGUGUCCCCCCCCUGCCACGUAGCCGCCAUGGCAACUCCAAACAAACACCUAACGCGCUUCAAUUAAGCCUAGAACUUCUAUGUAUGUCAUUUAAAACGUUAAAUGUACUAUCUACAGUCCAAUAGAGAAAUAAAGGAGCUUAAAUGAGCAGUUAUGCGGGAGUUAACACACCUUAAUUUUAUACAUGCAACUAUUUAACUCUUAUACACCAUACCAAAUGGGCCCAAAUUAUGUUUCCUCCUUUAUUAGCACACCUCAUCCCCAAAUAAAUGUGCAAAUAUAUAUUCUGUGAAAAUUUCUGUACGGGUUAUUAACGUUGGCCAGCAGAAAAGAACUCGGCAAUGGAAGAGGAGUAAACAGAAAAGUGUAGGAAUAGUAAAACAAACAACGGGGCAGAAAAGAGAAACGCAAAAAAGAAAAAUCCAGAGUAAGCUAAAGUGAAGAAAAUAAAGGAAAAGAAAAUAGAAAAGCAAAGUCAUGCAGUGGAAGCAAAGUGAACAGAAAAACAGAGCUCAGGCAAGGGUGAAGUAUUAUAUAAGUGUCCUAUACGCAGUGAAGUAACUAAGAUUGCGUAGUGAAGUAUAUAAGUGUAAAGUACCAAGGAGGACCUACGAAGCGAUACAAAGCGGAACACCUCAAAAGAAGAAGAAGAAGAAGCACUCGAUCGUAAUAACAAACAUAUCGGUGGCCACGGUGACUCCCCUGGCGGCUCAGCAAACACCACUGUACCGUCCAUUUACACCAUGAAGAGGGGCAAGGAACGAGUGACAGACACCAUGAACCACGCCAGUGUUUUACUAUUAGACAUUGAGGGUACAACGACCUCCAUUAGCUUCGUUAAGAAUGAGUUGUUCCCGUACGUGAGGCGCGAGGUGACGGCGUACCUGCAGAGUACCUGGGAGACCGAAGAGACGAGGCAGGACGUAGCUGCUCUAUCCAAACAGAUCGAGGAGGAUGUGACAGCGGGCGUGUCUGGGAGCCAGCCGCUGCCGAGCACUGAUGACCGGAAGGAGGUGAUCGCGGCCUUGGUGGCCAACGUGGAGGCCAUGAUGGACGGCGACAGGAAAGUGGGACCCCUCAAGACCCUCCAGGGACACAUGUGGCGCCGGGCCUACCAGGAGGGCUCCGUGACGGGACACGUGUACGACGACGUGCUCCCCGCCCUGGAGAAGUGGCGCGCCCUUGGGAAGCGCAUUUACAUCUACUCCUCCGGCAGCGUCGCCGCUCAGAAACUGCUCUUCGCCCACUCCUGUCACGGCGACCUGCUACAUUUCUUCAGCGGCCACUUUGACACAGCCGUGGGAUCCAAGGUGGAGGCCCAGAGCUACAGGUCCAUCCUUUCCCAGCUCGACUGUGCCCCCGGCGAGGUCCUCUUCCUCACCGAUGUGGAUAAAGAGGCCUACGCUGCUGCCGAGGCUGGGAUGCAUGUGAUACUCUCCGUGAGGGAAGGCACGAUGCCCCUGCCCAAAGCCUGCCUCGACGUCUUCAGUACCAUCACGUCUUUCGCCGAGCUGUUCCAGGAAGACUCGGACUCCCCGCCAUCCCCGAAGAGGGCGAGAGUAGAGGCAGCAGAGGAGGGGAAGGAGGGAGAGGCAGACACACUGGACGAGGCGGAGGAGAGGAAAGUUAAGGAGGUUGAUUCUAGGAAAGGGAAACGCGAGGAAAAGACAGCCAAAAAAUGAGGAUAAUUUCUGAGAGGAAGCCCCCAGGAGCCAGCACAAUGCAGUGAAUGCACACCACGUUUCUGACAGUCAUCACGGGCGCGCCAGGCUCCUCGCUGACACCUGAUGAUGUGUCUGCCGCAGCUGGCUGUUCGCGGCGCCCGCCACUCCAUUCUCAAGUGGUGUCACUUCGCCCAUCCUCGCCGCCUAGGUAUGUUACUGUGUUAUGCCCGCCGCUUCUCAUCGUGUGCCUUGAAGUUUUCACUUCCGCCGCCGCCGUCGCCUCACCUGCUUUCGUUCCCUGACGUGAGACGGAAAGAGAAGUCUUCUUGGGAGUUUUAUCAAGUUAUUAUUAUUAUUAUUAUUAUUAUUAUUAUUAUUAUUAUUAUUAUUAUAUAGUAGCAGUAGUAGUAGUAGUAGUAGUAGUAUCAUCAUUAUUAUGAACAUCAUGAUAAUCGUCGUAUUCAUUAUUAUUAUCAUCACCAACAUCAUUCGUGUUGAUUUUAAUGUGCUCCGUCCGCGCGCCAUAUAUCUAUGUAUUUACUAUUGGGGGGUGCGGGGAAUUGUAAUAAUAAAAACAGGCGUUGCGAGGUACUACCAAGAGAACAAUUGAGGUGUUUUCUCCCACACCUGUGAGGCAGUGCAUGUGUAUGGCCCUUAUCGCCCAGCAGGGCCACCACGUCUCCGGCGCAGUCACUAUCCCGGAUACAGAGUGACGGGCGCGGUGCCGGGGCCCCACAAACCACCGCGUCACCCUCGAUACUCGCUCCACCCGCGGCCUGGCCAACCAAAGAGGAUGCACCAACACGGAAGUCAGGCUUUCUUCUUAAUUAGAUUAAGGUGUGAUUAUAGAUUUGCAUGUUCAUUCCUCUCUUUUGUUUUACUUUAGGAGCAGCGAGUAGCGGGCUUUUUUUUUAUUAUUGUUUUCUUUUUUGUGUGUGCCCUUGAGCUGCCUCCUUUGUUGUAAAAAAAAAAAAAAAGAUCAGUAAAAAAAAAUCCUUAUUAAAAAAUGGCAAGUAUAAUAAAAGAAACCUUGUACCUUGUAUUUUAUAUAUUCACAAUAAUUAUACUUAUUUUCGGCGGAUAUGAAUGGACAAGGAAUUGCAUCUGAAUUAAUGACCAGUUAAUGCCGAUCCAUCAGGCACACUACCGCCUUAAUAUUACAGGUAAUGAGAAGCGCCUUUUUCUGAUACAAAUUACGUACGAAUAAUUCAAAACUGACUGGCAUCUCUCUCUCUCUCUCUCUCUCUCUCUCUCUCUCUCUCUCUCUCUCUCUCUCUCAUCGUUCUGGUUGAAUCCCUCAACUUUCAGUCUCAAUCCUUCAGUGUUGCCAGAACCUACUUUUCCUCGUCUUUUCCUCCGCGGCACCUCAUCAUCAUCAUCCCCACCCUUCUCCUCCUCCUGCCUCUCCCCCCUCCGGAGAGUACUCAAGGCCACAAGAGACCGUCGUCCUUUUAAACACACUAACUCAUUCAUAAUAAAUAUUUGCCAGAUAGCAUUCAGAAUUAAUUCCCACGUCAAGAUUUCGUAAAGUAAAAAUAUAACUGCAUUAAUAUUUAUAUUUUUUGUUGGAUACCUUUGUCAAGGAUGAUAUAUUUUCAUGUAUUUAUUAAAUGUAAAUUUGCAAUCGCGUUAAUCAGUAGUUUAUAUUUAAUAGUAUAUGAUUUUAUCAUCUAUAAUAUUGACCAAAUGUUGGAUGAAGAGGGAAAACUGCGCUCGCGCGUGUGUGUAUAUGUGUUUUUAUUGUUAUUAGUGAUAUUGGUAAGGUUAUCAGUAGGAGUUUUGGGUCUCCUCAAUACAUUAUAACUUUACGCAUCCCUGCCUCGCUAACGUUCACUUCCCUACCCCUCCCGUUUACAAAGAGCGAAUGUGUCGGUGGUGGCUGAGUGUGCGCCAGCAUGCAUGCCAGCCUCGGAGCAGCGCCUCCACAGUCCACACACUCACCCGGCACAGCGGGGCUAGCGACGGCAGCACACGCCCGCCCACUCCCGCCCC